AUGGAAGUUGAAAUUGAUUUUAAAAGAUUGACAAACUUGUUUAAAGGAAUCAUUCAUCAUCAAUAUUUAAAGAAUUAUUUGAUUAAAUCAAUCAAGGAAAUACAUCAACAUAAAUUCAAAGAUGAACAAUGUACUGAAUUGGCAAAGGUGCAUACAUGGACCGAAGUGUUGACAUUACCAAACAUUCUACUCAAGUACAGAUACUAUGAUUUGUAUCGAGAUUGUACCAACCAAUUACUUUUAAUCGGGUCGACCAACAAACACCAAGUGUUUUGGGAUCUUUUAGCAACAUUGGAUCCAUCCACCACUUUUCCCAACUUUCUCAGACCAUAUAUCGCCGAAUACCUAGAUCAUCGAAAACUAACCAUCAACGAAUGGAAGAAACUAUUUCAGUUUGUUUUACAAAUGUCUCCAUUCUACUUUCAAGAUGCAUUACAAAUUGAAAGAAAUAGAAUGGAAAGAAAAUUAAAAGAAUCAUCUUUGGCUGAUGAAAUGGAUCUUGACAUCGAUGAUGAUGAUGACAAUCACAGAUACCAUGAUUUUGGUUCAGAUGAUGAUGAUGAUGAUGAUGAUGAAGUAGAAGUAGAGGAAGAGGUAGAUGAAGAUAAAGAUGAAGAUGAAUCUAUUCAAUCAUCUCAAGUUUCAUUGGACGAAGAUGCAUUAAUGGAUAUUAGAGAUGAUUUAAGAUUGUUUGGUGAAUUGGGUGACUUAUUUUCAACUAAUCGGUCAAUGCAAAUGGUUCAACAAACAGUGAAAUCAUUUAAUUUCGGAAACUAUGUUGGAGACUUGGAAAAGUUUGUAUAUUUGGAAAAGAGUGGUGUCAUAUUUUGCACGACCAUGGCUAUGGAUAGAGCAGCGACGAGAGGUGAUUUAGAGAUGGUGAAAUACCUACAGGCCAAUCGAACAGAGGGGUGUAGUGAUGAAGGGCUUGGUGGAGCCAUUGAAAACGCUCAUUUGGACGUUGUCCACUUUAUACUCGAGAAUCAGAUGCUGAGAGGCCACGGAUGCCACAACGACGCGUUUGUUCGGGCAUCAGCACACGGCCAUCUCAAAGUAUUUGAGUACUUUCAUCAACACUAUCCACACGAUCGAAUGUGGCGCGCUGCCACCUACAUGAACCAAGCUGCUCAACACGGCCAUUUGUCGUUGCUCAAGUUCCUACAUUUUCAUAGAACCGACUUUUACAGCCUACGUUCCGAGAUUGAUUUGGACCAAACCAUUGCCAAUUGUCGUGGUGACCCCUCCAAACAAAAGAGUAUCGAGCAGACGGCACUGUUUAUAAUGGAGCAUCGACAGGACCAGCUCGCAUCGCCGUCUAUCCUCAGCACGGCACUCCAACGCGGAUCGAUGGUGUUGGUCGAGAGAAUAUGGGCGUGCAACAGACUUCGCGAUCGCAAGAGCACCAACAGCUACCUAUUGGAUGCUGUAGCUGGACGCAAUAUCGAUGCUGUCCGAUUCAUCCAUGCCAACCAUCCCUUUGCCUCGACUAUGAUCCGCGACAAUGCACCAAUGGUGCGAGCUGCUCGCAAUGGUGAUAUCGAGAUUCUCGCCUACCUCGCUCAACACCGAGCCCAAGGUUGUGUCUUGGAUGCACUCGACGUUCAACAUAUCAAAAAGAAUAAGCCACAAACCACCAAAUUCUUCCUCGUCAAUCCAUCAUCACUUUCAAAACCAUCCUAUCAAUUACUUUUUGAUAAACUCUCAAACUUAAUAUUACUCAUUAAAAUUCGUUGUAUGCAUAUCCAUGAAAAAGAUUUGAUUGCAUUUCAGUUCCAUGAGGUGGACAAGAAUUAG